UGGCUAUAGCUGCGUGCGCGCGAAUCCAGUCGCGGGAGUCAAACGUGCAUCGUCAUCUUUCUUGUAAGUCACGUGACAGCCAAAGAAUGCAAAGAAAAAUGGAGUGGAAAAAACUCAUUGCACAAAAGAUCAUGGAUCAUAAACGCCGCCACAUUCUACAUCGCGGAGAGGGUAACCAAAGCGAUGCACGUGGGACUACCCGACACAUUUUAAUUCUGAUUGACAACAUUACAAAACUCCGGCAUCCAGACACGCUCGAUAUGGCUUGCGCCGUAGUUUCGCCCUUACCGUGUGCUGAAUGUGUGACAAUAAGUAAAUACCUAUGUUUUACAUGGGCAAACCUACGGUUUCAAGCGGUGGGUGAUGCAGCAGGUCCAAGACAACGUCCCACAGAUUAGGCUGGGUGGUGGUCUGGGCGAGUGCAGUAUGACGCUGGUGUGAGGUGCAUGAACAGAAGAAAGAAAACGCGGAAGGCAACAGAGAAGAGGAGGGUAGACAUCGGUCGCCAUGGAGAUUAGAACACUAGUGUUUAUUCUAGUGCUUUGCCUUCUGUAUAUGCUAGGAGGGGCUGGUCUUUUCAUGGCCAUCGAGUCCCAGGCUGAAAUUCAGCGCCAGACACUUAUCCUUCAAACCUCGUGUACGUCAAGGGCCGACCUGCUGGCGUUCCUGGACUUCAUUCACAAGGACUUGGAGAUCGCGCGCUAUGUCAUGCGUGCAAACCACACUGCAAAUGUCAUGUGGGACUUCGCCGGGGCCUUUUCCUUUGUGGAAUCACUCGUUACUACGAUAGGGUACGGGCACAUCGUGCCCCGGACGACGUUGGGGCGCUUCACGUGCGUGGUGUACGCGCUGCUGGGCGUGCCCCUCAUGAUGGCCUGUCUCAGCGCCGUGGGCGAGAAGCUUUGCCAGGUGUCCAAGAGGUGGCGCGACUGUCGAAUCGAGGGAUUUAGCACUGCUGCCACCCAGCGGCGAAUCCAUGUUUUUCUACAGUGUGAGUAUGAUGCCACAUCCUGUGAGGAGGCAGGAGAGGGUAGGUGGUGA